AUGCACAUUGCUAGCGAGUUGCGACCGGAAUAUAUGAAAGCCCAAAGGCCAACGCCCUCUAUUUCCGCUGCUCCCCGGCGCAGAAGUUUCUGCCAUGCAUUUGUUGCUUCGGACUGGAAGGCUGGCUAUCCAAGACCUAGACUAUUUGCAGGAGGCGCUGUCUUUGGUGCAUACAUCGGCUAUGCUGCUCUCCAUCCUGUGUAUCUCGAUACGCCAGGGAAAGCGCCUGUCCCGAGUGUGCAAGUAGAGAAGCAUAUCACGUACCAGGAGGUUCAGAGACACAGCACCUCGGAGAGCUGCUGGGUCAUUAUCAAUGGUCAAGUGUAUGAUGCUACAUCGGUUCUGAAAUGGCAUCCUGGAGGCGCAGGGGUUAUUGUCAGGAACUCGGGAAAAGAUGCGACCAAGGCUUUCGUACCAAUUCACCCUCCCGAUACACUGCAGCAGCUACCUAUAGCGGCUCAUCUGGGGCCCGUUGACCCAGCAACUAUGCCCACGGAUGCUCACCAGCCAACUGAAGAAGAGUUGAGGGUAGCAGAAGCCCGAAAGCUGAUACCUCAUCCAUCUCUGGUCCUGAACCUGAACGAGAUCGAAGAACUUGCUCAGAACGUUUUGACAAAAACUGCAUGGGCAUACUAUCGCUCGACUGCUGAUGACGAAAAUACAUAUUUCGAGAACACUGCCUCAUUUAAACGGUUCUGGUUCCGACCGCGUGUAACGCUCCUUAAUUUUGGUUGCGUUGUCAGCUUGAAUAAGAUCUCGCGUAUAUCCACGACAAGAUCAAUGUUUGGCCUCCCCUCAUCGCUGCCGAUAUACAUUUCUCCUGCAGCUCUGAUGCGCCUUGGGCAUCCAGAUGGUGAGAUGAACGCUACACGAGCUGCCGGACGAGAAGGUAUCUUGCAGGGUAUCUCCAACAACGCCAGUUGUUCGACAGAUGAAUGUGUAUCAGUCAAGCUCCCCCGCCAGGAUUUAAUCUUUCAGUUGUAUAUGAAUAAGGAUCGAUCCGCGUCAGACGUUCUAAUCAAGAAGGUGGAGAGUCAGGGAUUCAAGGCAAUCAUGCUAACAGUGGAUGCUGCUGUCCCUGGGAAGCGUGAACUUGAUCAGCGGGCCAAAGGAGAUGACCUGAAGGAUAUGCCAGCAGCAUUCGGCAAAUCGGACACAGGCGGAGGAUUGGGGGUUUCGCAUGCAAUCUCUGGAUAUCAAGACCCUGACGUCUGCUGGGAGGACAUCCCAUGGCUACAGAGCAUCACCAAAUUGCCGAUCAUUAUCAAAGGAAUUCAAUGUGUCGAGGAUGCAGAGAAGGCUUUCAGAUAUGGCGUUAGUGCCAUUAUCCUGUCAAACCACGGCGGACGAGAAAUGGACUUCUCUCCGGCGCCGAUGACACUUCUCUACGAACUCCAUCAAACUUGCCCGGACCUGCUCGUAGAUCACGAGGUGUACAUCGACGGAGGCGUGCGGCGCGGGACUGAUGUGUUGAAGGCCCUUUGUUUGGGUGCACGCGGGGUCGGUAUCGGCAGGCCCUUUCUGUAUGCUAAUGGCAUAUGGGGUGAAGAGGGCUGCCUCAGAGUAAUCCAAAUACUGCGGGAAGAGAUAGAGACAGGAAUGCGGCUGCUCGGUGUGACUAGUCUCGAGCAGCUGACCCCGAAGAUGAUUCGCUACGUUGACCGUGAUCCGCCUCCUCGUUCCCGCCUGUAG